AUGUCCAACACGCAAAGGCCGCCUGGCAUCCCCAGGCUCGGCGACAAGUGGCUCGAGUUUGUGGGUGAAGGCGCCGCCAACACGGUCUGGGCCCUCCAUUUCAUCGACGACAGCGGCGGCGACGCCUACACCCAACAUGUCCGCCAAUUGUGUGGUGAGCACCCAUCUCUCCCGUGCCCUCCUGAAAAUCCCAGACUGACCAACCAUCCAGACGGCUUCCUCCUGCGCAUCCAGAAACACACCAAGGGCGGCGACAGCGCCAUCUCCGCCACAGACCAGCUCGCCUACGUCCAAGAGACCAUCCUGCCCGCCUUGAACAACGACGCCUCGCUCAUCGUCCGGCAGAAGCUCAUCCAGGUGACCCAGCCCCUGAUAGACGAGUGCAACGCCCUCCUCGCCGCCAUGGACGACAACAGCCAGCCGCGCCGUGACGAGCCUCCCUCCGCCCCAUUGUCGUCGUCGUCGCCACUGCCGCACCCCCACCUGCCGCGACGUGCCGCCAAGUUCGUCGGCUCCCGCGUCGGCCCCGCCGGCGCCCACAUGCUGACGCAGGACAUGCGCCCGCGCCGCCCGGAGCGCGAGCGCUUCCCCGAGAUCAAGCCCAAGUGGUUCGCCAAGUCGCCGACGGCGCCCCGCGGCGCGAACACCUGCCGCAACUGCGCCUCCGACCCCGACCGCUACGGGUGUCCCCUCCGCCUCGUCGCGCCGUCGCCGGCGUCCGCGGAGGGGAAAGAGGAGACGCGCGAGAACGGCGAGAAGGAGAAACGCGAGAACGGCGCGAAGGAGCUGAAGGAAGGAGAGGCAGCGGAGCCAUGGCACGGCCACGCCGAGCGCAUCUUCCGCGGCGAGGACGCGCGCGUCGCACGCUUCCUGUUCGCCGAGAUCCGGCGGCACGAGGCGCUGCGGUUCCUGCGGGACCUGCAGGCGCGGUUCGCGCGGCGCGACACGUUUCUCGCGACGACGCCCGCGGCGCCGGACGAGGACCUGCUCGUCGCCAUGACGCUGCGGGACUGCUCCCUGUUCUUCCGGUACGAGGACGGCGAGGACGGCGCGCUGCGGCUGCUGGACUUUACGCUGGCGGACCUCGACAAGAAGACGCCCGCCAAGAUUCCGAGCUGGCAGAAGACGGAGAGGGAGCUCAUCGACGGGGGCUGGUAUGAGGGCAAGCAGGGCUGUGGCAUGCCGAAUUGCUAUCUGAAAGAGGGCCGGGCCGAGGAUGAGACGAGAGCGGAUGUGACGAGGCUCAAGGAUGCCUCCAAGUUGGGCGUGGCCUACAGGGAAUAG